AGAAGUACCGUGUGGUAUUAGCGGAAGAUUUCGCCAGCCGUGUUGUGUUCACAGUUCAGUCCUUGCGGUGCCUGUGCCCGUUUCCAAUACCCUCUUCCCGUACUAGUUUGUGCAAUUUUCCGUUUCCCGUUUCCGUCAAUUUUGGUGUUUUGCUGCCCUCCCGUAGUGUGUGUGUGUGGUGUUCCCGGCUGUGCUAACAAUAUGUGCCAAUGGCAAAGUCUACCUCGGGAAGUUUCGAUCUGAAAGAACCACCGCCUUGGCAAAGCUGUCAAUAUUGCAUUUCUCCCACGUCGACCAAAACCGAUCGACCGGAUCCACAACAUCACCAGCCCCAGCAGUUGCAGCAAGAUCAGCACCAAUUUCAUAAGCAGGCAUUGUUUACUUUCAAAAAUUCGACUGAGUUCGUAAGACACCUUCGCCAGCAGCACUGCACCGUGGAAGGUGGCUCGUACGUGUGUCGCUAUGGUUACAACGGCGUCUGCUCGUCGUUACCGUUGGACGGCGUUAGCGAUCGCGACUACGACAUGCACGUAACCCGGUGCCACGUGAACGCGCAGCAGAAGGACCCGCCGGUCAAGUGGUCGGUGUAUUCCGCCGCCCAGAACCUGCCGGCCGUACUGAACGAUCCCAGUCGGGGCAAGCAGACGAACUUUUUCACCAAAAAGUGGGGCGACUCGUUCGUGGAGAAUGCCUCGAUCGGUUCAUCGACACGGCUGGCCGACAUCCGGUGGGAGCAGUUUGAUGCCUACCUGAAGCGCAUUGGCAAACGCUACCGGGUGCAUAUGCGCAUCGCGAAUGUCCCGACAGCGGAUGCCACUAGUCAGCAGGCACUCGUCAGCGAUCGCCUUCCAAACGGGGCGACGGCUAGCCUGAAAGACAUCCCGGAGGUGUUCCUGAAGCAAAACCUCGAGCUACAUCAGCCGGGCACGUUUGGGGCGGUGUUUGCCGGCAUCGGCACGGAGGGCGGCGAGCAGACCAAGCACUCCAGCCGCCAGCUGCAGGAACAGCUUAGCCACUACCUCGACAUCGUGGAGGUGCUGAUAGCGAAGCAGGUUUCGGACAAAUCGUCAGCCUUCUUUCACGCGAUGACCUCGCAGGACGCGAUCAUGGAGCAGAUGGCGCAGGCGCUCGCGAACGUGCAGCAGCUGAGGGGGAAGAUUCGGCAGAUCGAUGACACGAUGGUGAAGGAAUCGUUGCAGGUGGUCCGGGCCGAGCGGAUUCGGGCAAACAACAACCGCGUGCUGGAGAAGCUAAAGCUCAUGUCGACGGUACAUCAGACGCAACCGAUGAUCCAGUUGCUUCUGAGCACCCAGGACUACGUGGCGGCUCUCGAUUUGAUUAGCACGACGCAGGAAAUCCUCGGACAGGAGCUAACGGGCGUCCACUGCUUUCGUCAUCUACCCUCGCAGCUGUCCGAAAUGGAGCUGCUGAUCGAUAAGAUGCUCAAGACAGACUUUGAACGCUACUCGACGGCCGACCUUAAUCGACCCUUUGCGACCGUUGACGGUGAAGAGAAAAUGUUGGAGGAGGACAAACUUAUCUGCAUCAUAUCGGGGCUGCUGCGGAAACGUAGUCUCGACUUUAUCGAUACGUACCGAGACGAGGCGAUCACGACGGUGCGAGCGAUCGUGAAGCAACUCGUGAUCGAGGUGAUCGCCACGGGCGAUGCGGAAGUUUGUCUCACCGGUGCGGGCGAGGAAGCGCAAAGCCUCUCGCUGUCCGAGUGGAUCACGCUGCUGGAGGGUGCGACGGGCACGCUGUUAAAGCUGCUCAACCGCAUCCGAGCCGUGCACGAUGUGAUGCACCAGACGGCGGACGCAAGCGCUGGAAGGCUGACGGAUGACGUCAGUUUCAUCGACACGGAAGCGUUCCUUUCAGCCGCGGAUUACGUCGUGGUGCAGAACAAGCUGGCCAAUUUGCUCCAGAGCGUUUGCAACUACUGCCACGAUCGGUGCGCCAAUCUAGUAUCGAAUCAGAGCCUCGAGAAAAGUGCGGCCAGUGCGGAGCAGAUUGCGCAGCUGGCGGAAAUCGUCGAACGGUUUGCCGAUGGGUGCGAAGCGGUCUGUGGGGUCCAGAGUGUCCCGCUGAAGUUGGCCCUCCGGGCGCAGGGUAAUCGGUUUGCGCAAAAGUUUCACGCGGAACGAAAAUCCAAGCUCGCCCUCCUGCUCGACAGCGAGCGCUGGAAGCAGGCGGAAGUUCCAGCAGAGUUUCAAACGAUGGUCAACAGUAUUGCGAGGGGCGACUUUCAUUGGAGUAAAACGGUUCCGGAAGAUCAGCUGCACCACCAGCAGCAAACGAAUGGUCACCCGUUGACGACACGACCUCCGCCGGCAUCUGUACUGGUGGUCGAGGGAGAACCGUUCGCCCUCGUUGGGGCUGCCUUGCUUUUGGUGCAGAUCGUUGGCGAGUACUGCCGGUGUGCGACGCAGCUACCCGUGAUCGCACCGCAGCUCGCCCGCAGUGUGGUCGAUCUAUUGCGCACGUUCAAUUCUCGCUGCUGCCAGUUGGUUCUCGGUGCGGGCGCACUACAUGUGGCCGGCCUGAAAACCAUCACCAGCAGCAACCUAGCGUUAGUGUCCCGCGCACUUCAACUAGUCUUAUGGCUGCUGCCACACGUGAAACGACACUUCCAGUCGCUGGAUGGCGGCCAAAUCCAACACCACCACCAUCACCACCAGUAUUCGCUACCUCCCGCAACGUCAUCCCAACCUCAACCCCUUACGAACGGAAGCUCCACAAGCGCACCGACAUCCGGUGCAACCCUUGCCGGGUUCGGUGGGUACGAGACGGUCGAGAAGGAUUUCGCCAGCCACAUCAAGGAAAUCGAAAUUAAGGUCCUCUCGAUCGUGUGCGAUCUCGUGACCGGGCAGCUCAACAACUGGGACGCCCGGCCGCCCGUUCCCUCGCAACCGUUUCGCAACAUUAGCCGCCAGUUCGUGAAGCUGCACGAAGCGAUCGCACCGAUCCUACCGGAGAAGCAGGUGCACGCCAUCUACCGAACGGUGCAGAAGAACUUCAAGGACAAGCUGCGGGAGCAACUGCUGAAGAACAACAUCACCAACAACGGCGGCCCGCAGCACGGUGUCGUCGUGUCCGAGCUGACUUUCUACAUGGAAACGUUGCGUACGCUCAAGGCACUGCCGGUGCCGGAACUGCACGACGACACGUUGGACGAUAUUUGGCUUAAGUAAAACUGGCACCACAGGUUACAUACACACAGGAUAAGCCUUAACCGUCGUCGGUCGUUCCUUUUUCGCCUUCGGGCGGCCUACG